AUGAACGAUGAGGACUUGGAGGAUUAUGCGGUGCUGGCCGUUGCCGAGCCGUAUGCGCGAAAGAUUGAUGGUACGAUCGUGACAACCCCAAUGGGUCACAGCAACUGGACGAGGAUGGUACCCAGCCAGAGCAACGACGCAGGGUGGCCGAUCCGAAGCAUGCUCUGGGUACGGAAGGACAUUGAGGCGGAACAGAUUGCAAUACCGUCGGCGGACCUAACAGCAGCUGUCCUUCAUCUGCAGGAUAGAGACGUUUUGGCGGUGUCGGUGUACGUGCACGGAAAGGAUGAGGAGGCUCUGGUGUCUGCGGUCAGAGAACCGAAUGGGCUUAUUUGCCGAUUUCGAGCCGGCACGGGCAACCGAACCGAUGUGUUAGUGGUGGGGGAUUUUAAUCGACACGACCUGCUCUGGGGAGGCGACAGUGUAACGACAAGAAGGCAAGGCGAGGCUCAGCCGAUCAUUGACCUUAUGAGUGGCCAUGGCCUCUGUAGCCUCUUACCCCGUGGUACGAAGACAUGGCAAGGUCCCCAGGGUUCUGACAAUGAGAUCAAGGAAAGCACGAUAGACUUGGUGUUGACAACGGGGGAGUUGGCGGACGAGAUGGUGAAGUGUGCUACACUCCCAACAGAAUAUGGGUCAGACCACAGAGCAAUUGAAACAGUAUUCGACAUCGAGAUGCCCAGAUAG